CUCGCACAGGUAUCCCAGACUGGAAAGUAUGACUACAAAAAUACGGCACAGAUCGCAACGAUUAUAGAGAUUGAUGAGACUUUUCCAUGUCACUGCCUGAUUCUGCAUUGCUAUAUAUACGACCACCAUGUCCCCCAACAUGGAUGUCCCCAGAGAGUUCAACGAAUCUCUUUUGUCUUUGUCCAUUAUCCACGAACCCUGAAGAAGUCAAAUGUACAAAGUAGCCAAACACGUCUACCAGAAGGCCCGGGGGACUCCCCAGCCUCCGACCUGGAAACCCCUUUGUCAACACCAGAGACGACCUGAAUCGAGACUGAUAGAAGACGCCGCGUCUCGGAAUUCAACCACCUCAGAGCCUAAUCGCCAGCCGUGUCAAGCUUGCAAGCAGCAACAACAUGAUUCAAGGGUUUAUCGAUGGAAGCUCAUCUGCGGUCUCUUACUGCCUUAUAUUCUGAGUACGUUGGAUUUGACGAUCGUUGCGACGGCGGUGCCUUUUAUUGCGUCUCAUUUCGACAAAUUCGACCAACUCAACUGGAUCGUCACAGCAUUCACUCUAACCUCAACAACCUUCAUCCCAACAUUCGGACAGCUCGCCGACGUGUUCGGGCGUCAUGCUGCGCUUCAACUGUCGAUGUUCCUGAUGCUUAUCGGGAGUGUGCUCUGCGCGGUAGCUCAGAGCUGGGGCAUGUUGCUGCUGGGCCGAGCCUUGCAGGGGACCAGCUCGGCGGGCAUUAUGAAUGUGAUCAUGAUUGUCAUGGCUGAUAAGGUGUCGUUGAAGGAGAAUGCGAAGAAUAAUUCCAUCUUUGCGUUUAUUGGUGGGCUUGGAUAUGGCGUGGGACCGGUUGUUGGAGGGUAUUUGACUGAUGCUAAUUGGAGAUACUGCUUUGUUAUUCCUAUCCCGAUUGCCGUCCUCGCACACAUCGCGAUCUACGUACUCUUGCGGAACGAGCUCAUCGAAGGAACCCACUUCAAAAAAGGCUCUCGCUGGUCUUCAAUCCUCCCCGCCCUUGCAACGCUAGAUAUUUUCGGAACCAUCCUUUUCAUCUUUGGGAUUGGCCUCGUCAUUCUAGGCACUGCAUGGGGAGGAUCGACGUACGCAUGGUCAGCACCUCAGGUCCUGGCGCCGUUGAUCGUCGGUGGUGUCUGCUUCGUGCUAUUCUUUUUAUAUGAGUAUUUGCUUGAGUCGGGGAGGUUUUUUGCACGGAUGUUCCCGAAGCAGGUUCCUAUGUUGCCGUAUAGCAUGUUUGCGCGGAUUGAUACGUUGUGGCUUGCGAUCAUACAGUUCGCUGCUGGUGCAGCAAUGUACUCUGUUUUCUACUUUGUGGGAGUAUAUUUCACUCUGGUGGAGGCGUAUCCUGCAUCCAAGGCGGGUAUCCAGCUGCUUUAUUAUAUCCCUGGACUUGGAGCCGGUGUGUAUCUCGCAGUAUACAUGUGCAAUAUCCGACCAGCCCAGACAUUCUGGCCCAUCACCUUUGGCACCUUCGCAGAAACCGCCGGUCUCGCCGUCGUAACCUGGGCCAUAAGUACCCAGAACACAGGUAUAAUCAACGGCAUGAUGGUGCUAGCAGGUGCUGGAACCGGUGCUCGAUUCAUGCCAGACGGACUACACACAUCAGGAAUCUGGCCCGAGAGAAUCGCACCCGCCAUGUCGUUGAUGCGAUUCGCGCUGCCAUUCGGAGGAACCAUGGCUCUGACGAUUAUGGGGAGUGUCUUUAAUAAUAAACUAUCCUCGGCCGCUGCUCUAGCAGGAGGUGGAAGUAGUUCCGAGUUUAACGUCCACGAUGCGAAUUCCUUAUCCUUCAUCGACGCAUUACCAUCCGCGCAGCAAGCCCUCAUCCGCAACGUUGGGAAAGACGCCAUCAUGUGGGCUUUCAUCGCCAUCAUGCCCAUUAUGGGCAUCAGCCUCGUGGCAGGCCUUUUUAUGGGGAAUGCAUGGAUCAAGCCGAAAUCCAGGGAAAAUGACGAGGAAAAGUCGGCCAUCAAUGAUGAGCAGCAGAUUGGGUACAGCGAGGUCAUUUACGUGCCGUAUUUGUGGGCUUUGAUGAAGGGAAAUAUUGACUCGUAUAAACGCAUUAGCAAGCCUUUAUCGGCCGAGGAAAGACAGCAGCAAGCACAUGAACAGAUGGAGCUUCGCCAGUUAGGGCUUAAUGAGAGGAGGCGAUAGACUUUCGAUAUUUGUUUAUUAGAGCGUGCAUUUAGCGUAUAUUAAUUUUAAUUCUUGGAGGCUCAGUAUAGGGAAUGUAUUCUCAGGCUGAGCACAUGACUGA